CACACACACACAAAGGUCCACCACAGCGGCCAAAAAAUUAACUUAUUUUCCCAGGGUUGUUCACAUUGAACACUUCUCAAUAACCCUCCUAGCGACGUCCCUCCGUUUAACCGUGCUUUGUCACUGUAGCAUUUGGUGGGUGCUUUACCGUGAAACAGUCGAUGGGAUCUGGGCGGGACCUACUCGCCUUUACUGCUUGAACUUCAUUACUCUGAAAUCUCUACGAUCUACCUGGACGACCGCUUGAUAUCUCAGAUCGCUUGCUGAAAUACUUCUGCGGCUACCUCAUCUACCUCAGCCAUCCUGAUCAAGACCUGUCACUGAAAGGUGACUAUGAGGACUGAGACAGGGCCUGGGACUGAGGUGACACCCCAACAUGAGGGCACUGAAGUUACCAUUCCAGAGUCAGGCUCAGAUGGUAAAACGGCGAAAGAGGAUGUCAAUCCUUAUGAUGACACUGAAGAUGUACAUGAUGCAUCAGACAGAACAACAUCCAACAAGAGUCCAAGAUCCCCUCAAAAAGGCUUAAAACGGUCCAAGACUGUUCCCUUUAAAGUCACACUUUUGGACAGCUCUAUUUAUGAAGAGAACAUUGAGAAGCAAUGUAAGGGGCAGGUUCUCCUGGACCUGGUGUGUGAACAUCUAAACUUGUUGGAAAAGGACUAUUUCGGCUUGACCUUCAGUGAUUCUGACAGCCAAAAGGUCAGAGAUCUAUUCCAAAUGCUUCUAUCAUUUAAUCUCAGACGUAUAAAGACUCACAAAUAAUACAUUAAUAUGGAA